AUGAGUCCGGGGAUUCCAUAUCGUUUCAGAGUUCGUGUUAACGUAGAUGGUUGGGGAGUAUGGAGUGAUCCACUGUGGUACGAGCUUGGUCGUGGAAUUGUCCAACAACAUCAAGGACCAGAAACGACACCUUUGGGCUCUGUACCAGGAUGGGUGGUGUUGAUGACAAUGAUAUUAUUCGUGUUACUGCUUGGAUUUCUUGUUGUUCUAUGCCGUCGGAAAAGGCAUAAUCGCAAGCAAAUGAGUGAUCUAGACGUGCUAGAUACCUACAAACAAGACACGAUGACACCCGACUACAGUUCCGGUAACCGUCAAUUCACCGAUGCAUUCCGAUCCGGAAAAUUAAAUGCACCACUAAUACCGUCCUAUGGUGGAAGCUCAGUUUCACAACCGCCACCGUACUACGGUAGUGGAGGUGCUGCAGCGACAUUCAAACCAUAUGUGGACCCGACCGCUUAUGAGGAUCCGAAUCAGGCUCUGGUUGAAUUCACCUUCGACAUCGACCCAGCAGCAGUAUUCAUCACAGAAGUCAUUGGUGGAGGCGAAUUUGGUGAUGUCUGUAAAGGAGGUCUCAAAAGAAACAUGGUCGGAGGAGGAAUCGCUAACAGUAUCUUUGACAAUGAGAUUGACGUAGUGGCUAUCAAGACUCUGAAACCAGGUAGUAGUGCUAAAGCAAAAGCUGAUUUCUUGUUGGAAGCGUCGAUCAUGGGACAAUUUGCACAUCCAAAUGUGAUUCGGUUGAUAGGAGUGGUUACUCGAUCAGAACCGGCAAUGAUUGGUGAGUUCAUUUUUCUUUUAUAA